AUGUGUUCUGCUGCAAGCUCUAGUUCUGAAGAAGAGGAUUCAAGUUGGCUGGAUCUGGAUCCGCUGUUUGAAGCUUUGCAUUCUUUAGACGAUAAAGUGCUCGAUGAAUCAACGGAGCGAGCUAUUACAAGACAGCUCCAAUGCCCCAUCUGUCGUUAUAUCAUGAGGCCACCUAUUCUAACGUGUGCACUGAAUCAUAGCUUCUGCUUCGAAUGUUACAAGCUCAUAUAUAGAUGUUCCUUAUGUACAUCUGAAAAAGUUGAUCGUCGGAAUUUGCAAUUGGAGGCUCAGUACUACAAAGUCAGCCUGUCGUGCAAGUACAAAGAAAACGGAUGUGAUUUCAAAGCGCGACAUAGAGAUCUAGGCAAACAUGAAAAGGAAUGCACACAUACCAUCAAGGGAUGCCCAUUUAACUACACCUCACUCUGCAGCUGGGGUGGCACGGUUUAUAAACUCUUGGACCAUUGUGCAGACAUGCAUCACUACUCAUAUUCCACACAACCAGUAACCAAACUAUGCUACGUAAAUUUUGACUUACGCCAUCACCAUACCAGAAUGCAUAUGAUUUUUGCUCAUGAUUGUUACUUUAGAGUAACUUUAGCGGUGGACGAGACACGCAGAUGGCUUAGAUUAGCAUGCUAUUACUUAGGCCACCAGAAUAAGAAAAUCAAAUACAUAUACGAGGUGAAAUUUUUAAGGCGAAACACUGAACACAAAAUUAUAUGUUUGAGUCAAAACUGUCAGUUUCUGGCAAACCACGAUUUAGCUUUUGGUCCAGGUUCACCAAUGAUUUUUCCUGUCAGUGUACUCCUACGACUUUGUGAUGAAAAUGGCGAUCUGCAUUAUGUAGUGUCCAUCACCGCAGAGAAAGAGGGUAAUCCUAACAUGAUGCCUUCGACUUCUAAAUAA